AAUUGACGAAGGUGAAAGAAAAAACUUUUAGAGAAACCAGGCUUAGUUGGGCACGACCGGUUUUCCACUGACCAAACUUCUCCGGAGGCUGGAGAAUGCUGAUGGACAGCUCUGAAGUGUCUGUCUGAUAUUUGUAUGCUUGAGAUAUUGUACACAUACACAUGGAAUUUUUCUGUAUAUCUGUGCGUUGACCAAUCAGGUUAAAACACCGAUAUGUAUGAUGCAGUAAUGAUGGUAAGUUUGAAUGUAAUUGUUGAUGUUUUCUGAUUGUGAGCUGAGCCGCCUACAAACUUUGCAAGUGUUGAAGCUAGCUUCUGCUGAUGUAACUGCAAAUCUUCAGUAAACUUUCUUUUUAAUUUAAUCUCUUACUCUGGCAGACUGGUACAUUUUGGGUUCAAACUGUAAAAAUCCCUACAACAACUAAGGUAAUAUAUACACCACAGUUUAUGUCAGUUAAAAGUACUUGUCAGCUUACCACAGAUAAUUAACAUUCGUCAAACAAGUGUUUUAAAUACUAUAUCAUAUACAGUAUAAUAAACUCUACUACAGUAUAAUUAAAAAACACCAGAGUACUUUUUAUUACUACUGAUUCAAUCGAGCACAGUCACUGUAUGAACUUCUUCCACUUUAAAGUAAAAUACAAAUUCCAAUUAUUCUUGCUGUAAAUACUGAAACGUGAUUGCAAUUCUGCUUUAUUAGUGCGCCGUUUGAAAUGGUGAAUAUAAUUGUAUUUUUAUUUUACAGAUUAUAAUCAAACUGCAAAAAUACAAGUAUCCAAAACCUUUUGAAAUAAAACUGUCCAGGAUAAAAAGACAGUAAAGCCCUGGGCUUGUUUCUAUUGUGGUCCUCGCUGUAACAAAUAAAAUAAAAAGUAUUGCUGCAUAAUAAGAGUAAUAACCUCCACAUUUUAAAACAGAAACAAUUUUUUUAAAAAAUAUGUUCAUUCAAUCAAUAAAUUGCUGCUGCACAAACAUUCUGCAUUCUUCAAUAAAAUGUAAUGCAUUUCUCCCCCAAGAUCCUGUGGACAAUCACGUGACACUGCCUAGCUCCGCCUUUUAGUGUUUCAACUAGGUCCUGUAAGCGAUUGUAAAAUGUCACUCGCAUGUCUAGGCAGGCACUUGUUGAAUCAAGCUCUAAGUUAAUCAUGUCUGGUCGAGGCAAAGGAGGUAAAGGACUCGGAAAAGGAGGCGCUAAGCGUCACCGAAAAGUUCUGCGUGAUAACAUCCAGGGAAUCACCAAACCCGCUAUUCGUCGUCUUGCUCGCCGAGGCGGUGUGAAGCGUAUCUCCGGCCUGAUCUACGAGGAAACUCGCGGAGUGUUGAAGGUGUUUUUGGAGAAUGUUAUCCGUGAUGCUGUUACAUACACCGAGCACGCCAAGAGAAAGACCGUGACCGCCAUGGAUGUUGUGUACGCGCUGAAGAGACAGGGUCGCACUCUGUACGGCUUUGGAGGUUAAACGCCUUACAAGACUA